GUUAUCUUCCGUAGCCUUUGUCUCACCGCAACCCUACUCACACUUAUCAGCUGAUCGCUUAGCUGAGGAAAAAUCCGACAAUGCCUACCGUGAGUGUUGGCAGAGACCGUUUGUUCGCUGCCCUUGGAAAAGACUACACACGGGAAGAGUUUGAGGAUCUGUGUUUCUCCUUUGGUAUUGAGCUUGAUGAUGUGACAACUGAGAAAGCAAUAAUCAGGAAAGAAAAUCAUAUUGAAUUAGAAGCUGAUGAUGACGAAGAAGUCAUCUACAAGAUUGAAACUCCUGCCAACAGGUACGAUUUGCUCUGCCUUGAAGGGCUUGCUCAAGCUCUUCGCAUUUUCAUCAAGAAACAGGAGACACCAACGUAUAGGCUUGCUGACAUUGGCAAAGACAAGAUACUUAAAAUGAAUGUAAAAUCAGAGACAUCUCAGAUUCGCCCAUUUGUUGUAUGUGCUGUUUUAAGAGGCGUAACCUUUGAUGAGGCUCGUUACAACAGCUUUAUAGAUCUUCAGGAUAAGCUACACCAAAAUAUUUGCCGGCGAAGAUCCCUGGUUGCUAUUGGAACUCAUGACUUAGAUACAUUACAGGGCCCAUUCACAUAUGAGGCUUUGUCGCCGAUGGAUAUCAAUUUUGUACCUUUGAAACAAACUAAGAGCUUCAGGUCUGACGAGCUGAUUCAAUUCUACAAGUCUGAUUUGAAGUUGGAAAAAUAUCUACACUUAAUUGAGAGCUCACCCGUCUUCCCUGUUUUGUACGACAGUAAAAGAACGGUGCUCUCAUUGCCACCUAUUAUCAAUGGUGCACAUUCAGCAAUUAGCCUGCAGACAAAGAAUGUCUUCAUUGAAUGUACAGCAACUGAUUUGACCAAGGCCAAGAUUGUCUUGAAUACAAUGGUGACAACUUUUUCGGAAUAUUGCGAGAGGAAAUUUGAGAUUGAGCCUGUUGAAGUUACAUACGACAAUGGAGAGUCACUUAUCUAUCCGGAUUUAGCUGUCUACGAUAUGGAAGUUCCUCUCUCUUCUAUCAAUGACAUAAUUGGAGUGUCUUUGGAGUUGGAAGAGGUUACAAGUCUGCUAAACCGAAUGCAGUUGCACGCCGAGUGUUCAAAAUGUAGCAACAGCCAAUGUCUCGUAAAAGUACAUGUACCCCCAACCAGAAGCGACGUGCUCCACCCCUGUGAUAUUAUUGAGGAUGUUGCCAUUGCCUAUGGUUACAAUAACAUUCCGGCAAAAGAGCCUACUUGGAUAAAACCACUGUCUUCAACAGAGCUCAGAGAUCUUCUCAGAACAGAGAUUGCGAUGUGUGGUUACACUGAGGUUUUAACGUUUGCACUAUGCUCACACAAGGAACACUUUGCAAUGCUAAAUAGAAAAGAUGACCAUUCAACUGUUAUUGUAGGAAAUCCUCGGUCCGCUGAUUCUGAGGUAAUUAGAUCGAGUCUCAUGCCUGGAUUGUUGAAGACAAUUGCUUCUAACAAAGCUUACCCUAAACCUAUCAAGAUAUUUGAAUUAGAUGAUGUGACCUUACGGGAUGAAACAAAAGACGUGGGUUCAUCCAAUCGCCGACAUCUGGCUGCACUAUACUGUGGUGUUAGUUCUGAAUUUGAGCUAAUACAUGGCCUCGUCGAUCGCAUCAUGGAAGUAAUGGCAGUCCCAUUUAAGCCAACCGGUGGCAAUGACGGUUACCAUCUAGAGACCAGUGAUGAACCCGAGUUUUUACCGGAGAGACGAUUUAGCAUCAUUUGCAAAGGGAAACAUGCUGGUAAAUUUGGAAUCGUGCAUCCUAAGGUAAUGAAAAACUUUGGCGUCACUGAUCCAAUGUCUUUCGUGGAGAUUGACAUCGAAGCUCUUCUUUAAGAUUGUCUUUCUGUCAGUGCUCAUUGUUGUUUUAACAUUGUUGUUCUUUUUCUGGUUUUUUAUUAAACUGAUAUAAAGAGAAUGAAAUUGAAGAAGAUUAAAAAAAUCUUAUUUUCCUUGAUUAGAAGAAGAAACAUAUACUAAUUUGUUUCAUGUCAAUACUAUUUGUAUUAAAUAUUAACUGAUUAUUAUGUUAUAUGUUUUAGUUAUCUU